GAAUCGUUCUACUACAACUAAGUGGGGCAAUGAAAAGUGCAGUUUGUUAAAAUUUUCUGUAGGAUAAAAUAGUAAAAUGUUAACGAUGUUGAAAAAAUUUAAGCAAGAAAGGUGACGUGUUUGCUCGAAAGGUUGCAGAUUUUAAAAUUACGAGGCAUGACUGCCACUCUAAAUAAACUGCCCAUAUAUCCAAGGCUCAUCUACUUGAUUAUGUUGUAUACUUUCACUGAAGGGGCUAAUGAAUACAAAACGAGUUUUACGUUCCGCGAGUAUCCUUUCAAGGAAACGAGUAAAAAUGAGAUCAUAUUCCACGAGUUUGAGCACGCUUGCGAGCAAAAUCCAAGUUGCGCCCAAUUAGUUGGUGUCAAACAUGUUUCUUGCGCUCGAGAGUGCGUAUCACCGACAUGCUACAAAGAAAUCUACCGUCCAGAUGAGUUGGAGGAAGGAGAGAUUGACGUCAGACUGAACUCAUUUAAAGGUUGCUUCAUUCAGCAACUCAGUCGCAGAUAAGAUGGAAGCGACCAAACCUAACCGGUCUUCAACUAAAUUUAAAGUACAGCUUCCCAGUGGUAACAACAAAGACUAACUUUUAGCAGCAUAUCACUUCUUUGGUAAUUUUAUUCAGAGGCGGAGCCAUAAAAAUUUCUCUCUUCGAAUGAACCGCGAUCUCUUAUAACUUUUUUACAACAAACUUUCCUUAUUUUCACUAAUGUUUAGCGAGAGGGGGCCCAGUGAUUUUGACCUGGCACAGAGGAAAAUAGGCUGGAAGUUGUAUUUUCACAUAAGAUUCAACGUAAAUAACAACCUUCGGGUCAAUUUUCUGCUUAUUAAAUUUUUUUUAUUUUUGUGGAUAGUAAAUGGAGGCGGGGGAACAAAUGCCUAUGUAUGAAGUCAAAACGUCCCACAGCUCAAUUCUUUUGAAAAAGUCACUUGGUUAGUUUUUGCUUAACACUGCGUAAUUAUAGGUAAUCAACAAAUUCUAAAGAUUCAUGAUUUCAUCAAAAUGUGAAAUUAGAAAUACUGAAUUAAAAUUACCUAAUUGAAGAGAUGCUUUUAACAAGCCAUGUCAUGACAAGAAUUCAUCUAAUAGAUUUAAAUUCAGUCAGAAAUUGCUCAAUUGUUCAAUUGAUGGUGAUAUAAUUUUUUCUUAAAAUUUGGAGAUUUGUUAUAUUUAUAAGCAUCUUAAAAUCUGAGCUAUAAAUGCAAUGUUUAAAAUCCUAACUUAGAUUUAACUUUUCUUUGAUGAUAAGGCACUCCUUUGCUGAAAGAUCAGUUUUUUACCCUUGAGAGAGUUGAUCGUUUCUGGUGGGAUGAUGUACUUCAUGCUGAUCAACUGCAAUAAAAAUUAUAAAAAAACAUUAGGUGAAUAGAAGUGAAUGUGGCUCACUAUAAGUUGAAUCUUUCAAAGGUGCGAUAAUGAAGGAGAAUAUUGAAGAGAUGUCUCUCCUCUAUGCCAAAUUUUUAUAGGUGCUUUGCGUAUUCCAGAAGAAUGAUUUUCUAACUUUUAUGUACGGAUCUUUCUUUAUAAGUCGCUAAAUUUUAAAAACUACAUUAUACUGCAAAAAGAUGUUCAUUCUCGUAAUAUACGUUUUUUGAUAUUUUUA